CUCGCCAUCGCUGCCACUUGUACCAUUGAACCCUAAGUUCGGACCAGCCACGACGCCACUCGACGCCACGACAGGCACACCUCGAUGCUCGCCAAGUCGUCACGACGAUAACGCCAUACCCCGCAUCAGAGAACGUUGUGCCAAACUCAGCCCCCCACUGCGCAGCACAAGGUUGCUGCCAUCGACGGCUGAGGAGUCCAACAAGCAGCAGCGAUGUCGUCAUCCCCAUCACGGGGCAUCGACUUCAACAUGGAGCAACGUGGAACGCCUCCACAGGCAUCCUCCUCCUCCUCCUCCUCCUCCUCAUCGUCCGAUCCCAUGCUCGCUCUUGCGACGCUUCCCUUCACAUCAGUCGAAGAGUCGCCAUCCCCCGCGACGACAGAAGCUCCACUUCCAAUUGCACAGAACUACUACCAACCCCACCCUUGGCAACUCGCUGGUGUCGUGUCCUCCGACUCGUUGCCACUAUCCACACCGCCAAUCCAGCAGCAGGAGUCAAUCUUGACCUCCCUGUCACAGUCGCUGGCAGUUGCUGCUCCCUCGGACGAUGAGGAAGAGGGUGGUAGCCAAGCACAACCGGCGAAGCGAACGGCAUCCUCGAAACCUACGCAAGACAAGGGGAAUGGAUGGGCAAUGUUGACGCAGCCACGCUCGUCAGUCGUUGCCCCACCCAGAAGAUCAUCGACCGCAGCAGCAGCAGCAGCAGCACCAUCAAGCGCUCGUGCCUCGACCUCUGCUCAGCCGUACGAAGUCGCCACAACUUCAACGCCAGUCGAAGACGAUAUUUCCUCACGCAGACCAGUCGCAUCCAUCAACAAGCUCGGCGACGAAGACAGCAUGCUCGCAGUCAGCUCAGCGACUGCGCUGCCGCCAUCCAGCUACUCAUCAUCACCUCGACCUCCACCCGCUGCGCCCACUGGCUGCGACAGCCCGAGCAAGUCGGCGCUCCGCAGCGGCAGAGAUUCUGCUCUGCAACAACAGGGAGGCUCAAUGGAGCUGCCAGCUGAGGGAUCUGGGCUGAGAGGCAAAGACGAGGUGGGACUGGAUGUGGAUGGGGAUAUGCACGAGGCAGAUAACAUGGAAGAUCAGGACGACGGUGAUGUUGCGACACCUUUGCCAUCGUCCUUCAAUCCUCUCCAGCCACCACCAGCUCGCAAGCUCUGUAUCCGACAUCAGCGCAUGGCAGACGAAGGGACUGUAGGCAAGCUACAACGUUCCAUCGAGUCCCUCCCACUUGCGGACCAAACAGCAGUCAACUCGGUGUGGUCCAUCUUUUCUUCCUCCUCGCACGCCCGCCGCGCCCUCAUCCUCCAAGGCAUCCUGAGCAUGUGCUGUUUCUCGCAACUUUCCCUGCUCUCCUCCGAGCUGGCUCUCGCCAUCCGCAUCGAUCCCUUCUGCCUCUUCCCCCGAGAGGUGUCCCUCAAGGUGCUAGGACACCUGGACGCCAUGUCCCUAGGUCGGGCGGCGCAGGUGUCGAGGGCGUGGAAGGAGCUGGCGGACGAUGAUCUGCUUUGGCGCAACAUGUGCGAGCAGCAUAUUGAGAGGAAGUGUGAGAAGUGUGGGUGGGGCUUGCCGCUGUUGAGCGAGAAGAAGAGAAGGGUGAAGGGAGCUACGCCGGCCGCGGGAACACCGGAGAGUAGGUCCUUGACGGCGCCGCUGGCUGCCAACCUCGACGCAGCCAGCGAGGCGUUGAGCAGUCAGACCGGCGGUGGAAGCGGGGCCAAUGCUGGCGCAGGUAACCCGGGCUCUGGCAAUCUCAAGCGUAGCAUCACCGCAGCAGCCAAUGCAGCCGCCCUCGAGCGGCACUCGAAGACGGCGCAGAACUCUCGCGCUUCCAGCCCGACAGCAUCCGGCGAAGACAGCGGUCGCCCUUCCAAGCGUCCACGCAGUGCCGACGUCAAGCCGUCGGCUUUGCACCGCUCUACCAGCCAAGUCCACGACUCCAACAACGUCGGGCCCGUCACCCGCCCCUGGAAGUCAGUCUACUGCGAGCGCCUAGCCAUUGAGCGCAACUGGCGUCGCGGCCGCUACUCGAUCCGCACCCUCAAGGGCCACACCGAUGGGAUCAUGUGCUUGCAGUUCAACGAGUCCCUCUCGCACCCUCCCUUCCCCGUCGUCAUCACGGGUUCGUACGACCGCACAGCCCGGAUAUGGAACAUGGACACGGGCGAAGAGCUGCGCGUGCUCAAGGGGCACACGCGUGGCGUGCGUUGCCUGCAAUUUGACGAGGCCAAGCUCAUCACGGGCAGCAUGGACCGUACCCUCAAGAUCUGGAACUGGCGCACGGGCGCCCUCGUCCGUACGCUGGAGGGACACACAGAGGGGAUCGUCUGUCUCAACUUCAACGACCACCUGCUAGCGAGCGGGUCGGCCGACUCGAACAUCAAGAUCUGGAACUUCAAGACCGGACAGUGCUUCACGCUCAAGGGACACACCGACUGGGUCAACUCGGUCUGGCUGUGGAGCGGGCCGCAACCUAAGCAUCGCUCGGCGGACUCGGAUGGGGCGGAGAAUACCUUUUUGUUCUCGGCGUCGGAUGACGGGACUAUCAGGCUGUGGGAUCUGGCGAAGAGGGAAUGCCUGAUGGUUUAUACGGGGCAUGUUGGGCAGACACAGGGGUUGAGCCUCGUGCAGAUGCCCGAGGAGGUGGUGGAGACAUUGGCCAAUGGGGGAAAUGUGGGGGGUUCUGCGGCGCCGGAGCAGGCGAGACAGCAUCAGCAGCAGGAGGGCCUAGAGCAACGGGAUGGUGGUAGUGGCGGCGGAGCGGCAUCACCCUCGUACUUUACGCCCAACAGCGAUGCCCCUGCAGCCUGUGGGUACAACCCACCCGCAGUCCCUGGCGGCCGCUCCGCCAAUACGGGCACGGCUCCCAGCAUUCCCGAGCACUUCUAUGCGGCCCCCGCCUCAGGGCAACACCGUACCGCUCUGCGUCAGCAGCAGCAGCACCACUCCAUUCGACCAAUCGAGCCUCGCCUUCUGAAACUGCAGCAGCGCUUGGCUGCGGCUGGUCUCGUGAACCCGCUGCCCAUCGAUGCGGAGAUGGGCGAUCUGGAGUGGGGAGCAGCAAGGAGAGCGUCUCAGCGCAGUCAUCACGGCGGCGGUGGGGCAGGAGAGACUGGCAAGCCGACGACCACGAUGACGACGUCCACCAGCUCUUCCUCGACAUCACCACCUCACCGCCCUUCCUCCUCCUCCUCCAGCACCUCCCCGCCACCGGCAUCCGCCUCCCACCACCCGGCAUCCGAGCGUCUGCGCCCCAUCCUCUUCUCCUGCUCAUUGGACAACACCAUCAAGAUCUGGGAUGUGCGUACGGGUUCGUGUAUCCGUACCUUGUUCGGUCACAUGGCAGGCCUAUGGGCUCUCAGUACGGACAGGUUGAGGCUGGCUACGGCCUCGCAUGACUCGACGUUGAAGAUCUGGGAGCUGGCCACGGGGAAGCACCUCUUCUCCAUCUGUGAGCAUAGGGGGCCUGUCACUAGCGUACAGCUGGCAGACUCGUUCUUGGCAUCGGGGAGCGAUGAUGGGCAGGUGAAUAUCUAUUCAUUCGCGGCGCAGUAAGGCGCAGGCGCGGCGAAGAGGCGGUGCGUGGUUCGAGGAGCGGUUGGACG